CCGGAAGAGAAGGCAAUUCCUUUCCCAGCCAUCUUGUGGCAUCACCUAGCGAAGUGUUCGCACCAAGCCUCGUAGAAUCGGAGGAGAAUCCUGCUGAAGGGGCGCCAUCAUGCCCGGACAAAUGCAAGAAGGUUAUGGCUGUGUUGUAGCCAAUCGGUUCGACCAGCUAUUAGAUGAUGAAAAUGAUCCAUUCGAGGCCUUAAUUGAGGCUGCAAAGAAGAAGGACGACGGGACUGUUCGCCCCGCCAAGACAGCAGCCCAAGCUGCAAAGCCGCCCAAAAAGGAGGCUCCUAAAGAUAGGAAGCCUGUUCCAGAGAAGAAAGAAGAAACACAGGCACCAGUAGCUCUUAAGAAAGAUGGGAUGAGGAGAAUGGGCAGAAGGCCUGAAGGCCCAGCAGGCACCCAGCCCCAGGGGGAGGGUCGCCCCCCUACAGAGAGGCGGACAGACCGUAGGCCGCCCCGCGAGCGCCGCUUUGAGAGGCCUGCUGGUGAAGAGAAGCCUGCCGGAGAGGGAGGAGAGUUCUCCGUGGAGAAGCCUGCCGGUGAGCGGCCGUUCAGGGGUCGCGGUGGUGGCAGAGGAGGCCGUGGUGGCGGUCGCGGCAGGGGCAUUGGCAGAGACGGCUUUGAUGCUCGUGGAAAACGUGAAUUCGACAGACACAGCGGCAGCGACAGAUCCAGCCUGAAACCAGAGGAAAAGCGUGGAGGAAGUGGAUCUCACAACUGGGGUACUGUCAAGGAUGAAUUGAGCGAGCUGGAUCAGUCAAAUGUUACUGAAGAGGCACCCGAGGGAGAGGAGCACCCCCCUGCUGACUCCGAGAACAAGGAAAACGAGGCCGGUGAGGUCAAAGAGGAAGGACCCAAGGAGAUGACCCUGGACGAGUGGAAGGCCAUGCAGGGCAAGGACCGCGCCAAGCAGGAAUUCAACAUUCGCAAGCCCAACGAGGGAGCCGACAGCCAGUGGAAGAAAGGAUUCGUGCUGCACAAGUCCAAAACUGAGGCUCCUGCCGUUAUUGACGCCGAAGCUGAACAUGAGGUAAAGGCCGAUGAUGAGCACCACUCAAGGAAGCCAGCCCAUGACAUCACGGCCCAGCUGGAGAUCAACUUUGGAGACCUGGGGCGCCCAGGCCGCGGCCGCGGCGGACCCCGAGGAGGCAGGGGGGGACGCGGACGCGGAGGUGGACGCGAGGGCGGACGCGAGGGCGGACGAGACGGCGAGGCAGCCGGAGGAGCCCCCAGGCCGGCACGUGGUGGUCGCACUGACCGGCCAAGCGGUGUGUCCGUGCCCAACGUGGACGACCCAGAGGCUUUCCCGGCCCUGGCUUGAGUCUAGUCCUCCCCACCCAGCGUGGCAACAGGACUUGGGGCGCCCCCUGCUGGUGGGCCCCUCCUCUACGAGGCUUGCAUGCUUAACGAUCCUUCAGCAGAUGAUAUGAUGGAAAACUGUCAUCCAUACCAUUCACCCCUGAGGACUGAAAUUUUACCCGUUUUAAAAAAAAAAAGAAAAGAAAAAAAUACGAAAAAAAGGAAAGGACUUCUUGCUACUCUGAAGCAAAAUUAUUGGUAGAGGUUUUGUAUUUUAGAAAACAAGGUAGCAGGGAUGUUUUCAUACAGUAUUUUUUUCAGAGGUUAUGCUUUCUUCAUGGAUACUUUUUGUAUUUGCUGCUUGAAAAUCCGCAUUUCCAAACAGAUGUGAUGGCUGCGAAGGUGAGCCUGCGGUGUCCCAUAAUAUAGGUUGUGUUAUUUUAUUGUAAACAGUUACCUCCAAUCAAAGCGUCUCGGUCGGAUCAGACAAGCUCUUAACAUGCUAAGUAUUUCUUUUAAAAGGUUACUGCCUUUAUUUUUUUCCAUUGAACGGCACUUCUGUGUUUUGUUUCACUCACCAUUGGGGGGGUGGUUCCAGCAACUUGAUGAAAUGUAGUAUGUCCCCCUGUGGUGUGUCAGGUGAAUCUUCAUGGAAGAUUCCAGUGUCAAUGCCAAGUUCAUCAGUCUAUGCCACUGGUGAUUGUGAACCAAUCAAAGAUAAAUGUGACGACGCACAUUGCCAAAUGACCUCAUGGCAGAAAUGUGACUGGGGAAUAGAUAAAUUGGAACUACAAGAAGAAAUGCAUUUGCUAUGUAUUGUACACCACUUAAAAAAAAAAAAAAGGCCCACCGAUUAGAGAGAUGUUUACAUAAUGCACUCCUGUUUACUGAAUACUGAUGUAAACUCGCCUGAAAAGCCUGUUGAUGAAAAAAGAAAAUCACCUGUACACGUGAUCAUUGUUUCUUAACCCCUUUUUUGCUUUCCAAACAGCACUACUGCGUAAUUGCUCUGAAAGAAAUACAGCUGUUCAAUGUGGAACAGCUGAGUGCUCAUGAAAUGUGUGAAUUCCAGCCCUGCUAUUAUAUAUAGACCUCUGUCCAUAAUUAAAAAGAUGGUCGAUUCAA